GGCGCGGCGGCGAUAGGGCAGCGAACACGGGCGAAGGGGAGGGAGAGACUGACGGGUGGGUCCCACGGAGUUUUUCACCAGAGUUUGCUACGCUGGCGCGCCACGUGGGUAAAAAGUGGCAAAUAGUUAGACCACCUCUUUAUCUUUAUAAAGGAAAAACAAAAAAUAAUUUAAGAUGGGUAUUUGAAUAAUUGCUAAAUCUAAAAGUGACAAAUGGUUAAAUUCCCCGGACAAAAACCCUCCCUUCUCCCCCAAAUCACACCUGAUUCGGGGGCGCCGCGCCGCGAAUCGCUCCUCCUCCUCCUCUCCGGCUCUCUCUCUCUUUCCUCCAUCCGAAACCUCCAAAGGCAGGCGAGGGCGAGGGCGAGGGCGAGGGCUAUCAAUGGAGUCGCGAGGCGAGGGCGAUGGCGAAGGAGCCUCAAUCCGGCGAGGGCGAGGGCGAGUAAUGGGGUCGGAGGGCGAGGGCGAGGGCGAAGGCGAAGGCGAGGAGGUGAAGUGGGCGAUGCUCUUCACCCUCCCGAUCCCGGUCACCGACGAGGAGCUUCCUCCGACCAGAGACCUGGCCAUGAGCAAGCAGCCGCCGCCGCUCAUCUCCUUUCUCUGCCUUCCGCAGCGGAGCCUCGGCGAGGCCGCCCACUGCUUCGUUGAGAUAGUCUGCGCGGAUUCUGCUGGUCGGCUUCUCUUGAGCGCCAAGCCGCGGCCAGCACCGGCCGCAACCACCUCUGCUGCUCUGCCUCCUCGUCAAGGCGUCAUCAUCAUCUGCGACGCCACAAACCUCAAGGUCAUGCGCCUCCCGCUGCCAGUCGGCGCGACUUGUGAUGACAACGAGCGCGGGUUCCCAUGCCUGGCGGUACUCAGCGAUCCGCGCGACGAGGAGGAUGGCGAUGCCUACAUCGUUGUUCUACUCCAUGCGGACGCGAGCGGAGCCUUCCAGGAGGUUCUCUGCUAUGAAUCCAAGACCGGAGGAGUACUCGACACACAGACCCAUGACCAGGACUGGAGCGACACGGAGACCCACGACCAAGACUGGAGUGAGAAGUUGCUGUCCUGCAAUUCGCAGCAGCCACCGAGGGGUUGGCACAGACACAGCCACAGCCACCGUGCGAUACCUCUCGAUGGCGAGGUCUGUUGGAUUGAUGCUGCUUAUGGUUUGGUGCUAUGUGAAGUUCUGUUGGAGGAUCCCAGGCUUCGGUACGUCCAGCUCCCAGAAGGCUGCACGAUGGAUGAAGACGAUGACAUGGGGUCGCCUGCUGUUGUAGAGAAGCUUAGGAGACGUUGUAUUGGUGUUAGUGAUGGCAAACUUAGAUACCUUCAGAUAGACAGUUCAGGACAGUCGAUUGCCGUGUGGACCUUGAUGACUCUUAAGGAUGUCACAUUUUGGGAGCAUACAUUCUCAGUCGAUUUAGUAUCUCUUCGUGCUGAUAAGAGUUUCCAGGAAGCAGGACUGAACCCACACAUAUUCCCCUCAGUGGCAGGCAUUCAUCCUAUCGACACUAGUACCAUUUUCUUAGUGCAGAACUCAAUCAUAUUUUCUGUCAGCUCAGAUACAACAACUUCUUCUAUCAAAGUUGGUGAUCACCACAAGUUCCUGCUCAACGAGAAUGAGAUCACUCCGAGUCUGUUUCUCCUUCCGUGGCUGGUUCAUGACCCAGCAGACCUGCUUCCCCAAGAGACACCACCGAGAUCAAAUUGUUCAAAGAGAUGGCUUCGUGCCCUUAAACUAAAGCAAGCACUCAAGAGGGGGAUCGUGUGGCUGAGUGAUAACCAUGAAGUUGUAACUCACGUUGGAGAUGUAAUAGAUUUUCUUACCAUUCCUGCUGGCGGUUCCUUUAGAUCUGCAGCUAUUUGUGUCAAGAAGGUUGGUUCCUAUUGUUCGAAAACAGGGAAGAUAUUGAAAUUUCACAAUUCGAGGUUACAUGCAAAUGAUCCGGUCAAGGCAUUGCCAAUGGAAGAUUUCCAAAUCAUCAAUGACGUGGAUGAAGAUGUCGAGUCAUUGUCAAUGGAAGGUAUCCACAUCGUCAAAAACGUCAAUGAAGCUAGAAGGUUUAUCAAUCAGUGGAUUAGCUGCCAGCAACCACAUAGUUGUAUAAUGGAUGUGGCUAAGUCUGUGGGUGUGGAAGAGUGCAUUAAUAUCUUGACGUACCUUGGGGGUGAAAAUGCCACGUUCAUGCUGAUGAAUUCCCCGACAUUCCUUGAGAAAACCGGCAACAACUUACGCAAGUCUUCUGAUUUGAAGGAGUGGGUCUACCUAAAAGAGUAGCAGCCAUUUACUGGAGACUUAUCUGACUGUAUAAGAGGAAGACAGAUACAGGAGCAGAACCUCUCAUGGAAACUGUAUAGCAUGUCUGGUUUGGAGAGACUUACCUGAAAACUGUUGGAAAUAAUGGUUUGUUGGUUGCCAUACAUACUCAUGCCCCGUCCUUGUGGAUUUUCAAUCUGUGUACAUGUGCUAAAAUAUGGCCUGAAGGUAGUUUAGUAAUUGGGAAUAAUGGUUUGCCCUGGUAUCGAAAAUACUGGGUUUAUAUCCCAAUCCUUGGUUGAGAAUGUUUAUGUCCUGGUAGUAGUGUUGAAGGAUUUAAGCCCAGGUAAUCUCAGUAAUAUCUUUUCAGUCUAAGAAACAGGUUAUUUGUUUUAAGAUAAUCUUGCAUGCUGGUUUUCAUCUACAAAUGUAUAAUACACAACGCUGCUGACGUUAAAUCAAGACCCAGCUUAUGAUGUUUUUAUAUGAGUUAUCCAUUUUAUAUUUCUAUAUAUUUAUUUUCUUCUAUAACAAGAUGUUUUGUUAGAUGAUUUCUGAUAUUGAACGGCUUACAGGUUGCGAUAUAUGUACCUAACUUCCUUAUUG